AUGAUUAUGUGUUGUCUAAUUAUUGUCUGUAUUAUGUGUUGUCUAAUUAUUGUCUGUAUUAUGUGUUGUCUGUAUUAUUGUCUGUAUUAUGUGUUGUCUAAUUAUUAUCUGUAUUAUGUGUUGUCUAAUUAUUGUCUGUAUUAUGUGUUGUCUAAUUAUUGUCUGUAUUAUGUGUUGUCUAAUUAUUGUCUGUAUUAUGUGUUGUCUAAUUAUUAUCUGUAUUAUGUGUUGUCUAAUUAUUGUCUGUAUUAUGUGUUGUCUAAUUAUUCUGUAUUAUGUUGUAUUAUGUGUUGUCUAAUUAUUGUCUGUAUUAUGUGUUCUUGUCAAAGUUCUGAGUUUGUCUGCUCCAAUCUGGCCUGUGUUUCCUUGGAGCUCGUAUGUAAUGGCAUCCCAGAUUGUAUAGAUGGAAGUGAUGAACAUGCAUCUUGUGCGUGCACAGAUAGUCAAUUCCAGUGUCCCAGUGGUCAGUGUGUACCCAGUUCUGCUGUUUGUGACCAACACUACGACUGCUUGGACAAGGGUGACGAGGCUGUUUGUCCAGACUGUGCUGGCUUCAGAUGUGUGUCCAACAACGUUUGUCUCUGGGACCGCAUGUCCAGCAGAUGUAACCAGGUGUUUGAUUGUGUCGAUUUCAGUGACGAGCUGAACUGUGAAAGUUUUCCAUCACGAUAUCGUUGCUCAAAUGGAGUAAGCAUACACAACUCCAAAGUCUGCGAUGGACUGGAUGAUUGUGGGGAUAAUUCUGAUGAACACAAUUGUGUUUGCAAAGAAAAGAGACGGUUCUCCUGCUCAGACAAACCAGGCAAAUGUAUCCCAGCUACCUGGGUAUGUGACGGACAUCCUGAUUGUUUCCAGGCCACUGACGAGGACAGCUGUGUGAAGCUGACAUCAGAUAACCAGCUGCAGGUCAUGCUGGGAGGCCGUAUGUAUCCUGUGUGUUCAGAUGAUUGGACACAUACACACAGCAAGUGGGCCUGCGAUGCCCUGCACUCCAG